UUGCAGUGUACUGAGGUCGGGUUCGAGGCGGUGGUGGGUCGGGCCACUCGCACGGCGGGUGCGGCCGAGAGCGCGCGGGCCGCCUCCGCCGCGUCGGCCGCGGGCGCGCUGCUCGCCGCCGCGGACGCUCUGGACGCGCUCGCCGACCGCCAGAGGUUCGUGGCCGCACACCCGACCGCCUUCGCUCCCCCGCGGCCCCUGCCCUACGCCGGGGACCCGCCCGGACUCCAAGACAGGAACAUGAGGGAGCUGCUGGGGGGCGCCGCCGAUGACGAGGACGCCGCUGACGCCGCAGACAGGGAGCUGCGGGCCAGGCUGGCUCAGCUCGAGGCCGGCGCCCGCACGCUCCGGGCCGAGUGUCGCGAGGCCGCCAAGACACUGGACGCCGCGGAGGCUGAGCUGGUGAGGCAGAUGGAGGGGCCCGAGGAGGCUUGGCGGGUCGACGCUCUGUUCGGGCCCGGAGCCGCGCCCGCCGCGCCGCCCGCCCCCGAGGACGACACGCCGCGCCGGGACCAGGAGGACUACUACCUGGCGAAAUUCCGGUCGUACGUGUCAUGUGCGGGGCGGCUGGCGCGUCUGGAGGCGCGCGCGGCGGCGGCCCGCGAGCGUCUGCUGGGCGGCGCGGCUCCUCCCCCCGCGCCCCGCUCGCCCCCCUCGCCCCCGCGCCGCUCGGCCGCGCGCCGUCGCGGGUACUUCGCCGCUCCCCUGGACGAGCGGCUGCCGGCCGUGCUGACGUCGUGCGUGCGCGUGAUCGCCGCCUACGGCCUGGAGCACCAGGGCGUGUUCCGAGUGUCGGGGUCGCAGGUGGAAAUGCAGGCUCUGCGGGCGGCCUUCGAGCGCGGCGAGGACCCGCUGGCCGGCGUGAGGGACGCCUCCGACAUCAACUCCGUGUGCGGGCUGCUCAAGCUGUACCUGCGCGAGCUGAGGCCGCCGCUGCUGCCGCCGCAGCUCCAGGAGCGCCUGCUGCGGGUGGCCGCGCUGCCCGACGACGCCGCCUUCGUGCGCCGCCUGCGGGACACGCUCGGCUCGCUGCCCCUGCCCUCGCUGCUCGUUCUCCGCUACCUGUUCGCCUUCCUGGCGCACCUCGCCGACCACUCCGACCGCAACAUGAUGGACGCCUGGAAUCUCGCCAUCUGUCUCGGUCCGACCCUGCUGGCCGCCUGGGGCGAGGGAGGCGCACAGGUCGCCGCGCAGAACCUCGUCAACGAGCUCGUCAAGAGAGCGAUCCUCCACCACGAGGAGGUGUUCCCGCAGGACGUCGCCCCGCACGCGCUCUACCGCCGGCUCGAGCCGACCGACGCCGUGGACCCCGCAGACGAGGCCGACGGGACGGACGAGCGGCCCGAGGACGCCGCGGACGAGAGACCCGCCGGGACCGCCGGGCCUGACGACGACGAUGACGGGCGGGACCUAUCGCUGUACGGAGACGACGACGACGACGAUGAUGACGGUAACGCGCUUAACAUACUCACACUGAGGACCCUCGGGACGCGGCUCGUAUACUCACUUACCGUGUGUCUGUCCACAGACGGCGGCCCCGGCGAGGGCGAGGCGGCCGCGUGGAGCCGCCCCACCUCACACAGGUAG